AUGGAGAUAUUACGUCUUUUAAGUAGUUUAAUGGCGCUUGAUAACAUGGUGGAGAAAGAUGAAUAUAGACAAGCAAAUAUUAGAGAUAUCGUCAGAGAGACACGAGGUACAGAUAUAAUGACGGUUUUUGAUCUUAAAGAUGGGUUACAUAAUGUGAAGAUUGAGGAACAGGAUAAACACAAAACAGCCUUUGAAUUAUACGGCAGGGUCUACGAAUGGAACAGUAUGGUUAUGGGGUAUAAAAAAUCCCCACAGAUAUUGCCGCGUAUAAUGGACAAAAUUUUUAAGACCUCGGAGGGAAAUCUAUAG